AUCUCUCCCUAUACUCUGUCUCCCUCUCUCUCUCUCUCUCUCUCUCUCUCUCUCUCUCAGAUCAUACACACAAAGAAGUAUCAUAUCAUUGGCCUUAAUUUCUUUCUUGGUCUUUUUUACAUGGAUGAGAAGUGGAAGCCAUCAAAGAAAGAAGGUUCAUCUUCUUCUUUUGUUAGGAGUUUUUCUACCAAGAGUUCAUCUUCAAAGUCUCCUCUCUUGAGAAGCUCUUCCCUUAAAUGCUCUUCUCCAAGCAACAAGUGCCCUCUUCCAAGGAGUUACUCUCAGAAGAACUCUUCCAUUACUCGCAAAUGUAGUAGCUUAGCUAAAGAACAGAAGGCAAGAUUCUAUAUCAUGAGGCGCUGCGUUGCCAUGCUUGUUUGCUGGCAUAAACAUCGAGAUUCUUGAAAGGAAAAGGCUUACUCAUCCCAAGAUUUUAUAUAUAUAUACAUGAACAGAGAUGGAAUCCUUCAAGGGAUUGGAAAUAUAUCUUCUUGGUUGCUUCCCUUCUUCUUUUUUUUAUUUUUCUGAGAGAUGGGUGUGUUAGGUUUGAUUUGAACUCAUAAAUUUUCUAGCUUCACCAAUCAAGAAAUGAGAUUGGUUAAUUACAUGGAGUUUUUUCCUCCUUGAAUUUUAGAAGCAGUUUGUAAUUAAUUACAAUUUAAAGAGAGCUAUAACUUUAAACAUGAAUUCACAUAGCCCAUACAAUCCAA